AGAUGAAAACUACAAAAUAAUGCAACAAGAUUGAACAUAGCGAAAAAAAUAUGCAUUGCCUCGUAAUGGCACUCACAAAUAAAAGGAUUUUAUUUGUUAUUGACAAUAACGGAAUAAAUGCCACCAUGCCCGAAAACUACUUUACAAUUACUGAAAACAACAGCACCGCUACUGACCUCCAAAUACCUGCUGGGUAGGUCAAAUGUGGCCUCCAAGCCUUUUCAAGACCUGGCAAACCUGCUCAUCUGUCUAUGUUUCUUCUCCUAAAAAGUGGAAAUUAAAGUUUGGAUCUAACAGAGUUAGUGAGAGUGAAAUGGCUGGCACCAUGAAUAUCCGACUCCCCCGCAUUGUGUUGCAACGGGUGGAUGAGAUGUGGAUUAAUGUCCCUAGACCAUCCAAGAAAAAGAGCUCCAAACCCCCCACGACAACCAUCGGCCUGGUCCUGGAUGAGUUUAAAGGGUUCAUGGAAUUAGAACACCACUUAACUAGAUCCACCAAACGGCUUUAUGCUAGAACUUUGAAGUCCUUUUUCUUCUUUUGCUAUGAAUCCAGUCCGAAAUAUAAUGCGGAAGGGCUCUUUUUGAACCCUAGCUUGGAGAAACUGAACCAUUUGCCGCUUAACGUUAAUCAAUGGAUCGAUUCGGUGAACGAACUCACCGCUUUGAACGGCUUGAAGGCCCUCGACAAAUACCUGUGGAUGAUCUUCCUGAAGGUUGAACAUCACACGGAAGAUCCAGCCCAAAAACCUAUACAACAGACGAUUUCUCGUCUGAUUUCCAGUAUGUCCUGUAGGAUUGAAGAUCUGUCGCCGGCCUUAAGAAAUGACAAAUGCUCAGAAGGAACUCCAGGGAUCGUCAACCCAUUGUCAUCUCGGCCUAUAGGUUGCCUCAGAUUGAUUGUAAGAUUUCUGCAAUGCUCAUUCAUCGAAGAUCUCAAGCGGAAACUUGUUAGGGGUAUGAGAUCCGCUCUGCAAGAUUUGGACCCAAUUGAGAUCCGAAAUAUUGUAUGUGGCAUUCUAUUCCUCAAUGCUGGAGGACAAAGUGCUCAAAUGUUGACACAAAUGUCCAUGUACGAUUGGGAAAAUCUCGAACUACUAAAUUCCCCGGAAACUGGACGACAAUGGAUGGUGAAGGUGUCUGCCCAUCAAAAUUGCACCACAGGCGGACCUGGUGUUCUGGUGAUCCACUCAGAGUGGCUCAUUCAUUUGGUCAACGAAUAUGUGACCCAUGUUUGGCCCUUGAUUAUGAAGCGGCCAAUGAACGGCGUUGAUACCAGAAGACUUUCAAACAAAACGGCUUUGUUCAACGGUGAAGGUUCUAAUCUUCCGCUUUUUCCAUCAACCACGGGAAUAAGUGAAAUUUCUCCGAGGCCGAUAAUGAGGUGGAUCAUCAAUGCCAUGAUUUUUGAAGCCAAAAUUGUGGACCCCAUGGAUCCGAGGCUGAAAUCGUUCAAACCUUCAACAAUUCGUUUGGCCUUUGUUUCAUACGGAAACAUUGCCCAGAAUCUUGAGGCGGCCAGCAUGUAUUCCAAGGAUAAAACAACAAGAGGAAAUUCCAAACGCUCGUCCAAUGACAAUCACGCAGACUUGAGACAAGCUGCCAAGAACUUCCACGAGCUGGUAGAAGGUAAAAAGUCCUUGCCUAAAGGCACUUAUUGAUUUUUGUAAACGAGUUCUGCGAGGGAUUCUAAAAAAAUGCCAUCCCAUACUGACCAAUUAUUUUCGUUGAUCUUUGGAAUGACGUUGCUUUGGAACUCAACUUCGGAUCGCGCUCAAAUUGCUUCCACUUUUCAGCAUAAUCGUUGCAAUGCCAAAAAUAACUUUCUGUCAGAAAUCAUUAGAUUGCGAAAAAAGUUAAGUUCUCCUCUCCAGCAAUUUUGAAUAUACGGUACCUUAUAUACGAGUGAGAUCUCGUUGUCCUGAGUUGUUUUAGCUUUCCAAUGACAUUCGACAAGUAAUGACAUGUUGGGAAACCAUUAGCCAGCCUCAAAAUAAAAUCCUAAUUAUUCUCACAUCAUAUUGAGUGGUCUUUUUAUUAUUAAUGAUAGCUCAUUACUUGGGAAUUGGCUAAUUGCCUUCACUUUCCAAACUUUCUGGUACCCUUCAUUCAUAUUUGAUAAUUCUUUUGAUACCA